AUGACCCUGCGGCGGCUGCGGCGGCUCCGGCCGAAGGAGGAGGAUGCGGCGGCGGCAGCGGCAGCCCCGGAGCGUCCCGGUCCCGCCGAGGUUUACCGGGCAUUGGCUGUCGCCGGUGGUACCCUGCCCCGGGUGCGAAAGGGCGCAGGGUUCAGGUGGGCGUCCCCAAGCCAGUCCCCGGAGGAGCACAGGAAGGUGGUGACACUGGAGAAGAAGGCAGAAGAGACCUUUGGCUUUGAAAUCCAGACCUACGGGCUGCACCACCAGGACAGGAAAAGCGUGGAGAUGUUCACCUUCGUGUGCCGGGUGCACAGCGGGAGCCCGGCCGAGGCGGCAGGACUCAAGGCCGGGGACACGAUCACAGGGGUGAACGGGCUCAACGUGGAGGGCGUCCGGCACCGCGAGAUCGUGGAGAUCAUCAAGAGUUCAGGCAACAUGCUCCGCCUUGACACGCUCUACGGGACGUCCAUCCGGAGGGCUGAACUGGAGGCCCGGCUGCAGUACCUGAAGCAAACACUUUACGAGAAGUGGGGGGAAUACCGCUCACUGAUGGUGCAGGGGCAGCGGCUGGUGCGGGGUGAGUGGGGUGGCUUUGGGACCCCCAUCGGCUCCGGGACCCGCAACCUGACCCUUCCCCCGGGGCUCCUGGCCGUACCCCCGGGCUAA